UUUAUAAAAAAACAAGUAACUGCCCCUUAUACUAAGUACAAACAGAAAAACAGAAAGAACAAAAGAAAGAAAAAGACUAUAUAGAUAGAUAGGGAAAACCAAGAAAAUUAAAGUGGUAGAGUUUUUUGUUAUAUAUAUAGAAGAAAAGAGUCUUCUUUUUUUCAGUUUCAGUUCAAUUCCAAUCAAGGGUUCUCUCUUCCUCCUUUUCAUCUUAUCCAAUCUUUUUGUUAGGGCUGAGCACAGGGUUUAGGAUCCAGAUCACAGGACGGUUGCGGAAUUGGUGUUUAUUCUAGGGUUCAAUCUGGAAGACAUGUUGGAAGAUCGUACGUGUUUGGUUCAAAGGGAUUGUCGGACAGAAAGUAACUGGACGGGCUGCAUGAGUUAUCACAUUGAUAGGAUUGAUGCCCAGAAUGGCAAAAGGCCAUUGGAAAAUGAUGAGGAGGGUGAAAAUGUGCAAUGCAAGUUGCAGAAGCAGUCUGAUGGUUCUGACCUAGAAGGAGUGGUUUUCUCCGUGGGCAAUUCUUCAGCAUCCGCUGAUGAGCAAGCUGACAAUCAGGGUCGUGCUGGGGAGAAUUUUGAUUCAGCAUCCGCUGAUGAGCAAGCUGACAAUCAGGGUCAUGCUGAGGAUGAUUCUGCUGCAGCACCCCCUGAUGAGCAAGUUGGCAAUCAGCAUCAGGCUGGGGAUAAUGGUGAUAUCAGUACGCUUAUUCCUGCCAUUGGCCGGGAUAACUCUGUAAGUUCUCUCAUUCGGGCCUCAAGGUCAGAUUAUGGCACCGUAGCAUCUUUGAAUAGUGAAUUUCGCUCAUUAGUUAGGAGCGGUGAACUGUAUAGGUUGCGGCGACAAAUGGGUGUCGUUGAGCACUGGGUAUAUUUCUCGUGCCAGCUGCUCGAAUGGGAGGUAUUUGACCCUACUAGGCGCCGUUGGAUGCAUUUGCCGACCAUGAAUCCCAAUGAAUGCUUCGUGUUCUCCGACAAGGAAUCUUUGGCGGUUGGUACGGAGCUUCUUGUUUUUGGAAAGGAGGUGUUGGCACAUGUUAUUUAUCGGUACAGCUUACUGACAAAUACAUGGACAUCCGGGAUGCAGAUGAAUGCGCCUAGGUGCCUGUUCGGUUCUGCCAGCCGUGGAGAGAUUGCCAUUCUCGCUGGCGGCUGUGAUUCACGAGGCAAAAUCCUCAACUCAGCUGAGCUCUACAACUCGGAGCAAGGCACUUGGAGGACAUUAGCAAGCAUGAACCAGCCACGCAAGAUGUGCUCGGGCGUAUUCAUGGAUGGUAAAUUUUACGUGAUAGGGGGCGUUGGUGGAGCUGAAUCGAAGCUGAUGACAUGUGCGGAGGAGUAUGAUCUGACAACAGGAAAAUGGACGGAAAUCCCAAACAUGUCCCCUGUGCGACCUAACGCAACUAGGAAUGAUAUCCCUGUUACAUCUGAAGCACCUCCGUUGGUGGCAGUUGUAAAUAACCAACUGUAUGCUGCUGAUUAUGCUGCCAUGGAGGUUAGGAAGUACGACAAGCAAAACAAGGUAUGGGUUUCCAUUGGACGGUUGCCUGAACGAGCUGCUUCCAUGAAUGGAUGGGGUUUAGCUUUUCGGGCAUGCGGCAAUAGAUUAAUUGUAGUUGGAGGGCCUAGGGUUAUGGGCGAAGGGUAUAUUGAGGUGAAUUCGUGGGUGCCAAGUGAAGGGCCUCCAGAAUGGACCUUGCUUGGCCGGAAGAGAUCAGGUAGUUUUGUGUAUAACUGCGCAGUUAUGGGAUGCUGAAGAUUUGGCAGCACCAUGUGUUGUGCUGUAGAGGGUGUUGGGUGCCGAUCAAUACAUAAUUGGUUUCUGGGGCAACAGGAUUCUUGCUAAUGGGUAAUUUAUCCCAACUUUUUUAUGUUAUAAAAAAACUUUCCUUUUUAACCUCUUUUCAGAAUGGGGAAGCACAAACUGGGCUCAAGAUUCAACAACAUAGGAAGGUCUUGAGUACAAUUUUCUUUUCCUUUUCAACUUCCAUCAAAUGUUCCUUCAAUGGAACUGUCUUCUCCAGUAACAUGAUAUCCCAAAGGUGGCCAUCAAAUAGUUUAAGGUUAGGUGAAAAUAACGAGCAAUACAGUUAUAGUUUUCGAUUAGUGUUUGCUAAAGCUUCUCUAGAUAAGUCUUAGAACUUGGUCUUUUUGGGUUUUGCGAUCUUUAUUUUCUUGACUUUGUCGAGGAGAGAAAUAAAGUUCUGCAAGGUUGUUCGUUGCCAUCUUGGCUUGUGUAUCAGUACAUUUUAUUUCCUGCAAUUGGUGGUCCAUAAACUUAGUUUACUUUCAAGACAGUUGGUAGCUUUGGAAAUGAAAAUACUUUGUUCCAACUCUCGUUUUCUUACAUGUUAU